AUGACCGAAGAGCAGGUACCGUCGUCGAGGCCAUUGCCAGACGUGCUCAAGCUCAAGCUGCAGCUGUUUCACCGCCUCCAGCGCUGUAAUCGUGACGCGUGGAAGCAAUACUGGCGCUCGUUCCAGCAGUACCUCGUGGCCAAGCUUUCGCUUGAGGAGUUUCAUGGACUGGCUGAGGAGCUCCUGGGAUCUGAUAAACAUCUACACAAUGAGUUUGUAGCAGCGCUCCUAUGCACGACGUAUGAGAGACAAGAGAUUGGUCAUACGGAGCUGUGGAGGAAUUCGCAGCUGUCGGAAACACCGGAAGCUCAGGAGAGAGAUAGAAAAGCUAAAGGCGAGACAAGGCCGUCAAUGGUGGCUGAGGAAGAUGUUUGUACGACCAGAAGGGAUGGUUCAUUGCUACUGCAGAUGACCACAGAGGAACGUGCUAGGCACGUGGGUGGAGACUGCGGUCAGAAAGAACAAGCAGCAGAGUUUGGACGUAAAAGACCGAACAGCAGGAUUGAAGCUGCUGGUGAUAGCACGGAAGCGGCUGCGUGUACAAAACGUGUGUUCCUGGAUCGGGAACAGGUGCUCGAACGUUAUCACUCGGACCAUCAGUCAGCACAACUACUGAUGGGGCUUGGUAAGUGUGCAACGGCGGUCAGUGCUCCGUCCAUUGCUGCAACCCCCGAACCAAAUCCUUCGAUGUGUAGCAAAGAACACAAGUCUUGUGUGGUAUCAGGGGACAGGCCCGAAUGA